AUGUCAAAAGUCAUUGCAGCCAUCAAGAAGAACGACGUCAUGCAAGCCUUCCUGGCGUACGCCACAGUCACCGCCAUUCUGGUUACAGCGAACAUGAUCCAACACUACGGCGCUUUCGCCGAGUUGAAGGGCCGAAUGUCCUUGCUUGAGACCAAGGUCAAGCUGAUGGAGACCGAGAUCAACAUGAUAAAUACCCAGAUGGAAAUUCAAACAAAUCUCAUACGUGCAAUCAUCCAGGUUGACCCUUUCGGAAAGCGAAGGCUGCGAGUAGGGCUCACCGAUUACCGGAGUUGCGGUUUACUUGACGAGCUUUGCGGGUUCGACGAUUUGGACCCGAAAUGA